CUGAAGGGCAAACUCCACAAACUUGCACUGGAAGGCUCAGAGGCAGACAAGCUUGAUGGUGAGGAGGAAGAGACAGGUGAUGAAGUGCCGAGUCUGUUACAAAGAGUGGAGGAAGCUCUGCAUGACAUCAUUGCUUUGUGUCAGAGGAGCACAGUCUCACGGUCUCAACCAGCUGCAGAGAAAGGCUCUGUGGUUUCCUCUCCUCGAGGCGAUGAUGUCACCACAGAAACUACUCAAAGGAGCCGACACCAAACACACUUCAGGGGGACCCUAUGUAUGGGAAAGGAAAGCUGGCUGAGAUUCAGGGACUUAUUUUAGGGAUGCUAGAAACCUUCAACUAUGAACAG